AAAUUUUCGAGGGUGGAGUGGCUCUGUCUCAACAAUUCAUCGCCACUGAAAAAUGAAAGGUUUAUUUUGCAUCAACACCUUCGUCUUUCCCAUCGUGGAAUCCCUAUCUUUUUUUUUCUUUUCUUUUUUUCUACAUACAUUUAUCCUUUUUUAUCCACCCAUACAAAAAGGAAAUAAAAAAAUAAAUUUUAAAGAAAGAGUCAAACCACCCUGAGAGGAAAUUCAGAUGUUUGAGUGUUUUCUCUGAUCUUCCUCGAGCUUCUUCUUUUUUGAUCUUCAUUAUAAUUAUUAUUUUUUGUUUGAAGAUCGAUUUCUGAGUGAAUUUUCUCCCGUAUUUACAUGGGAUAAAAACUGAGUUUCCUCACAAAGAAGGGGUUGGUUUGGCUCAUGUUUUAAUAUCUUCUUUUAACUUUGAAAAAUAUCCAAUUCAUAUUUUUCUUUGAAUCAAACCACCAAAAAUUCAUAUCCAUAUACAUAAAAAAAACACAACGAAAAAAAGCUGUAAAUACAUAAAUUUUAAUUAGACACAAAGAUGACGACGACAUCUAAGCCUAAGAUGAAGGGCAUUUUCAAAGGCUUCAAGUACAUUUCCCAGAUUUUUGAGGAAGAAAAAGAAGACGACAUACAGAUUGGUUUCCCCACAGAUGUAAAGCAUGUAGCUCAUAUAGGAUGGGAUGGACCUCAAGUUGAUUCCCCAAGCUGGAUGAAUCAGUUCAGUGGAUCGCCAGGUCUUCAUUCUGCACCUUUAGGUCCCCCAACUGCCGGAGAAAAAGGUGAUCAGCCUGAAAUUAAAUGGGUAUCUGAAGAUGCAAACACCAAGAGAAGUAACAGAAGUGCGGAUCUCCCCGACGUGCCGAGAUCGUCGAAGCGCAGCGAGGGCGGCGAGUCGUCUCCGAAGAAGCAGAGAGAUCCGAAUAAGGUGAAGCAGAGAAGGAACCACUCAAAGGACUCAUCGGAAGGGAGCGUGAAGUCGAACCCGCGGGAUCCAUCGGACCCGGGCGUCCCGGACCCGGCCCGCAAAUCGCGCAGAAAAAAGUCGAGGGAGUCCAACGGGACGGCCGGCUCCACGCGCCCGCGGUCGAGGGCCAACGCUGAUCCCACCGCCGAUGGUGAAUCGUCGGUCAAGAAUUCGGAUUUGGAUUCAAACCCAACCAACUGACCAUGUUCCUCAACGAUAACAAUAACAAUAAUGUUUGUUUUUGUUUUUUGUGUUUUGUGAUCCAUUGCCCUAUGUUUUGCCCAUAGUUAGCUCAAUUACACCAAGGGAUAAAAAUUCAACUUAUCGAUGGUAAAUCAUGGAUCCUUAGAAAAUUUUCAUUUUUUCUUUUUUGUUUUUCUUCUUAUGUUGUUAUGAUUGGGGAUGUUUCCUUAGAUGUGUACAAGGGCUGGGCUGCCAUAGAAUUGGAGACACCAACUAGUAUAUCUAGCAACAUUUUUAUAAUGUAAUUGCCAUUGUAUUUUGGCAUAACACUCUCAUCUCUCAA